AUGCCGGCACCUAAACCGGCCCUCAGAAGAGAAGUCAUUGCCAUCUACAAAGAGCUCCUCAACCUCGGUAGGGAAUACCCGCAGGGUUUUGACUACUUCCGCCCGCGCCUGCACAAGGCCUUUAUGGCAAACGCCCACUUGCGUGACGAGGAAGACAUCCGCAAGGGCAUUGCCAGGGCAGAUUUUGUCCGCAAAGGCCGGGGGGGCGGGAUAGAAAUUGAGGCACUACUGAGGCUCGCCUUUUACACUGUAUUCUCCGUGACUGGCAGCAAACAUCUCACAUCUGCGAGGCCUCGUCCAUAUGGUGUACAUGACGAACUACUCACAAGUGACCGUGGCACAACGAAGAUAGCACGCAUGCAUCAGUGA